UGUGCGCUGGCUGCGUGCGCGCUUGAGGCCUGCCUAUUUUCCUCCUUGCAGCAGUCAGUCAGGGAGGGAGAGGGAGACGCAGGCAGAGAGAAAAGCGAACGCAGCCCAGUGCCCUCCGCCUGAGGCGCCCUCCCUUGGUCCACGCACAGGCGCCUUUGCUGGGAGCCGCAAGGUGCUCCUCAGACCUCAAGGGCGCAGCCCGCGGUCGGCGGGCUCUGGCGCAGGCAGCUUUUCCUAGGAUCGCGCCUGAACACGUCCCCAGACGGGGAUGGUAAGUGGCUGCCGCUGCCUGGCACGCAAGCGGACGCGGUGAGGGCACGAUGGCGCUGACGGCCCGGAGUGGGUCCCGUCUGGAGCUCUGGCUACUGCUGCUGUGGACAGCCGCGUGGUGCCCGGGUGCCUUGGCGUGCCCCGCCCUCUGCACCUGCACUGGUACUACGGUGGACUGCCACGGCAUGGGGCUGCAAGCGGUCCCCAAGAACAUCCCGCGGAGCACCGAGCGCCUGGAACUCAAUGGCAAUAACAUCACCCGGAUCCACAAGAAUGACUUUGCGGGCCUCAAGCAGCUGCGGGUGCUGCAGCUGAUGGAGAACCAGAUCGGAGCUGUGGAGCGUGGGGCUUUCGACGACAUGAAGGAGCUGGAGAGGCUCCGACUGAACCGGAACCAGCUGCAUGUGCUCCCAGAACUGUUGUUCCAGAAUAACCAGGCUCUGUCCAGACUGGACCUGAGUGAGAACGCCAUCCAGUCCAUCCCCAGGAAGGCUUUUCGGGGCGCCACCGACCUCAAGAACCUACAGCUGGACAAGAACCAGAUCAGCUGCAUUGAGGAAGGGGCCUUCCGGGCUCUAAGAGGGCUGGAGGUGCUGUAA